AAGCCCUUCCAUGCAUGAUGUGCGGACUUGGUGCGCUGCUUGCGGGUCUGUUCGUGUUCGCACUGCCGGCCCUUGGCCUAACCAGCCGCAAUGUCACCGAGUUCCUGGGGCACCGCCAGAAACGUUGGCUGAUCUAUCAGAACAGCGGAUCGAUGAAGUUCAGCAUUGGACCAUCCCUGCCAAUACCCUUAGAGGAUCAUGUGACAUUUCGCUCCUGUGUGCUGUCCUUCACGCUCCAGGGAGGCACCUAUUCGCUGCCCACCAGCCCCAUCUGGCCGUGGGACAAGUGGGAGGGCACUUUCGCCCGAUCCCUGACACAGAUGAGGCGGAACAUCGAGAGGCAUGCCGCCGCCAAUGGAGACACGCGGUAUGCCGACGAUGCCCGACUGCUGGUCUACACCGCUCUGGAGGAGUACAUCGGCAGGCGGAAUGAUGACAUGGCCGUGGGCAGGCAAUGCCUGCUUCGCUCCAUAUGCGAAAAUGCCCAAAUCCACCAGCACAUUGGGGUGUUCUCCGAAAUCCUGAACAUUGUCCUGAGUCCUGGCAAGGCGGAUCUGGAUAAAUGCUACCACGAUGCCUAUGAAGCUGGCAAGGCAGGCGCCGAUUGCCUCGGCCUCUACAGAGCCUGCCCACGCGGCGGCAAUUUCCUGGACGAGCUUUUGAUUGUGGAGCAUGAUUGAUUUACAGCUGGCGCUUCUGCUGAUCGUAGUGCAUGGCACAACAAUAAAGUU